GUAAUUUUUGGAGGGGAGUCAACCAAAUGAUUAUGACUGAUUACAUGGGGGAGGGGGUGUAGAAAAUAGGCAAAAAAUUAUGUAACAUGUGAACGCUCUCAUACACUGGAAAAUGGAUACAGGCAUAUUAUAAUAGUGAAAAAAAAGACAGAAAAAGUAGGUUCAGGUAAUUUGUGUACAGAAAAAGUUUACGUCAAUACGUUCAUACUAUUGUUUUUUUUAAAAUAAUUCAGUGUGAAAGGCUCUACUAGUACUGAUAGUUUCCUGAUUUCUCUAGCAAUUUCAGCACUGAAAGUUUCUUUUCGUUUUUAAAUUUAUACAUGUAUAGAAUGAAAUUGAAAUUGACUUUUCUCUGUACGUUAUUCAAUCACACAAGGGUAUGUACAAAGAGUCAAAAUGAAAUUUCAUGGAAAAUUUUUUUUAUUAGUUUUCUAAUUUUUUGAACUUAAACAAUCCAGUAUUUUUUGGCAGCUUUAGCCUUGAGUUUCUUAUAAACAGGUUUCAUUUUUUAAAAAAAAUAUGUGUAGUGUAAUAAAGAGGAUUUUUUUUAUUAUCCUGUUCAUUUGUAUCAGAAAAGUCAAAAGCAAAUCAUUCAGAAUUACAAUUCAUCUCUUUGGCUAAUCCAUACUUAUCAGAAAUUACUAAAGCUAUAGACCAAGUUAAAGCUUUCCUUACUUGUGACUUACUUGUGUUUAUACUUAUAUUAUAGAGCUCAAAAAGUUGGUUAACAAGUCUUUUUAAAUUUUUAGAAAAGUUCUUUUUGUUCUCAAGAUAUUCAAAUUUAAAGAAUUUCAGAUUUAUUUAUGCUGCAUAAAUUGUGCUGUAUAUUUAUGUAUUUAAGUAAUAGCAAAUUUUGACAUUUUCUGUCAUCAUUAAUUUUGAACCAGUUAAGGGGUGUGUAUCAAACUUUAUCAAUGCAUAGAUAUUAUAAAGGUGAAUUUAUUAACAUAAAUGUUUUUGCAAAAUGACACUUGUUUGCUUGUCCUAGGGCUCUUAAUUUUUUGCUAACUACCCCAUAACUUUGAAUUUGCAUGCCGGUUAUACCUAAUUAUGUGUUAUAUACAACUUGUGACUUCUUCCCAAUUCAUCAAAAACUGCAAAGAUCAGUUACCAUGUGUUAUAUUACCUAUUAUUUACAUAUCUCAAGGGUAUGGAUCAAUUUGUUAAUGUAGCCAAGGAUAUUAUGUCUAGAGGAAGGAGAAAAGGUAAUGAGCUUUGACAUAGAAGACAUGUAUCCAUCACUUCCUUAACAUGAAGUUAUCGAAACAGCACAAAAAAGAAACAGUAUUAUUAUUAAAUCAGAAAGAGGAAGUCAAGGCAUUUUCAGAAAAAAUAUAGCACUGUGAUGUACUUUGAUGUUAAUCCUCCAGCAAAGCUGUGAAUACAAUCUCUCUCUUAAAACUCACAAUGAAAGAACUUUCAGAAAAGAAAAAAAUGCUGCAGCAUUUUGGUUUUGCGUCACGUAUAGGUGAAAAAUAAUAAUGAUCAUUGUAUAUUUGAAAAUUUUUUACAAUAAUCAUGCCAGGUGAAAGGACAUCAUCUAUUUCUGUAUCACUACCAGAAGAAUUAACAAAACAUUAUGAAGAUAAGAAAAAGGAACUUGGAUCAGGGGGAUUUGCAAAAGUCAUCCUUGCAGAGCAUAUUGCUACAAAGGAAAAGGUGGCUAUUAAAAUAAUGGACAAGGCACUGCUAGCGAAAAAGGAUGAUCUUCACAGAGCAUACAAUGAAAUUUAUGCUUUGAAACAUUUGAUCCACCAACACAUAUGUCAGUUGUAUCAAGUUUAUGAAACACAAGAAUCAAUAUUUCUAGUUAUUGAGUAUUGCCCUGGUGGUGAACUUUUCGAUUACAUUGUAUCUAGGAAGAAACUUCAGGAGAAGGAAGCAAGACAUUUGUUUCGUCAAAUCAUUUCAGCUGUUGCGUAUAUUCACAAAAAGGGUUAUGCACAUAGAGACCUAAAGCCGGAAAACAUGUUACUCGACGGUGAAAAGAAUUUAAAAAUAAUUGAUUUUGGAUUGUGUGCCAAGCCUGAGAAUGGUUUACGAAGCCCACUUCAUACAAGAGCUGGCUCAGCACUUUAUGCAUCACCAGAGUUGAUUUCUGGGCAACCUUAUUAUGGGAAUGAGACUGAUGUCUGGAGUUUGGGCGUGGUUCUAUACGCACUACUGUGUGGAUUCCUUCCUUUUGAUCACGAAAACACUUCAGAACUUUAUAAGAAAAUUAAGAAAGGCCAGUUUCCAGUCCCUCAUUGGUUAUCUGCGAGAAGCCUGGGGCUGUUGAAAGAAAUGUUGCAGAUACAUGCGGAUAAAAGAAUUCAGGUGAAAAAUAUUCUACAACAUCCAUGGCUUGUAACCCCGUACGAGGAACCUGUAAACUGGGAAUCCACCUUUCAACCUGACCGUUUAAACCAGACAGCCAUCAAUCUUCUUUCUGACUAUUAUUCUUGGCCCGAGGAUGAGACAAUGGAAAAAGUUAUGGAUCUAAAGUAUGAUCACGUGACAGCAUUUUAUUUCUUACUGUGUAAGAUGUCCGAUCAAAGUUUAAGAAGAUUUCGAAGCACGUGGUUUCGAAGAAGCAAGUUUUUAGAAGAAAAACUGCUGAAAAAUAGCUUACUGGUCGCCUCGGACAAGUACAAGCUGAAUGGAUAUAUAAAGGAAGGAAGUCCCGUGCAACAGCGUUAUUAUCGUAAACUCCCAGAUGCAGGACAUCAGAGCAGAAUAACUAAGGAACGUUCAAAUACUGUUGAUAUUUUAAAAAUUGAUCAACAAAAUAAUUCAUCGAAAAACUUUGAAAAUGAAACUAACGCAAUGAAAACGGGCUCUGUGAAACCUACCAGACUGCGUUCGAAGACAUGCGGAGAAGUGGAAGAGAGCAAACAAAAUGGUGUCAAAGAUGUGAAAGAGAACAAAGUUCGUGCUCAUACUCUUAUACAGCAUUCAGAUCCACUUGUUAAAGUGACACAAGAAAAAAUAGGAAGCACGUUCGUCAUUCCGAACGUGUAUUGCGAGGGAGGUAAAAACAAAGGGUAUUCCAGAGAAGCGAAAAAUAAUCUAAACACCACAAAAAGGUUAGCAGCUUCUUGUAUCGAUGGGUUAAAUCAACCAACGAGAAGUGUGGACGCAAGACAUAACAUUGAUCAACAAAAAUCAAGAUCGUUGGAAGCAGGGGCGACGUUUUUAAGAGAUUCCAGACCGAGAACAAAAUCGAUGAAAGAGAGACUCUCUGGACUAUUCAAGCAGGAGAUCAAACCAAGAAGAGUAAAGGCUAUUUAUCACGUGGAAAACACAUCGACAUUGUCACCAGAAGCAGUCCGUAAAGAACUUGAAAGAGUUUUGGCGUUGUUAGUAUCAAAUGAUGUCAUUGUAGCGUUCACUAAUCCAAAAAAAUAUUUGUUUAAAUGUAAAGCAGGACUUGACGAUUUUAAAACCAGGUUCGAAUUAGAAAUAUGUUUGAUUCCCUUCAUGGACAACGUGGUUGGUAUUCGUCGAAAACGCAUCGAAGGGGAUGCGUGGCGGUACAAAGAGUUGGUGGAACACGUGUUAUCGGUAGCGCGUAUCUAAUUUUUCGAAGUUCUAUUUUUUUGUAAAUGAUGUCUUAUUUAUUAAAGGCACGUAACAUUGGGUUUUAACAACGCAUGAUUUCGCGCAGGCAGGAGGAGUGCUAUUCAGGCGACACUAGGCGAUUAAAUGUAUCAAGUUAAAAACAGCGCGCAUAUCCUUACCAAGUCGGUAAAAAAAUUGGUAAAAAUUUUUAGUCCGUAAAAAUAUUAAUCAUUUUCACGAAUUUUAGCACUUUCUAUCGACUUUUAGCAACGUAUUCACUUUGGACGAGUAGUUCUUGAAAAAUUAUUGGAAAACAAAAUACACGCAGAGGAAUUUAAAAAAAUAUUGAUAGUCAUUUAUACGUAAAUGUAUAUUGGAAAUAUCCAACAUUUUAUCGUCUUAUUUUUGAAGCAUUUGGUUAUUAACGCACUAAAAAGGGAUGAAACAAAAAGCGAUGAAUAAUUUUAGUCGACUAAUAACAAGAUGGAUAAAAAAAGUCUGUAAAUAAUUAUGCUCGGUAAAAAGUUGGUCAUUAUUUUACCGACAAGGUACUGGAACGAAGUUUAACUUUGGGAGUUUUCCUUUUGAGCUCUUUUUGUUGUAUUUUUCAGAAAGUUUCUUUUUUGUAAAAUUUUGAGCAUUUAUUAGGAAUGACUUCCAGUUUUCAUUUCUUUGUACUUGUAUUUUGAGAUCUCUCUUUAUGUGACUUUCUGUGACACAACUUUAUGUAAAUUAUCAAAAUUUAUAUUUUUCCGAAACGGUUGGACAAAUAUUUUUUGACGAUAAAAAUAGUUUUAUGUAAGUACAAUUUAUUAGAAUAUUUUUUACUAGACUUUAGAUAAUAUAUGUUGUAAUAUGUAAAUCGAUAAAUUAUAAAAAUAUAUGAUUAAAUAUCGCUGCUGUUA